AUGAACGUGGGACUGAGAAACAGACCUUUAAGGGGUGGACCCACACUACUGUACGCAGCUGAAUAUGCCGCAGAUAGGUCACAGAAAGCCUGGCAGCUGAAAUGUGAGGGGUCACAAUGGCAGGAUAAAUACAAGAGCCAGCAAACUGCAAAGGGUGUCGCAGUCGAAGGCCUGAUCUCCUCUCUAUCCUCCCAGCACUUCUGCAGCUACAGAGUCAAGAUGCCUCACGCAUAUCCUUUCCUCACUCCUGAGCAGAAGAAGGAGCUCAGCGAUAUUGCUCAAAGGAUCGUUGCACCCGGCAAAGGGAUUCUCGCUGCAGAUGAAUCUACUGGCAGCGUGGCCAAGCGUUUCCAGAGCAUCAACGCUGAGAACACGGAGGAGAACAGGAGGCUGUACCGUCAGCUUCUCUUCACUGCCGACGACCGCAUCAGCCCCUGCAUCGGCGGCGUCAUCCUCUUCCAUGAGACCAUGUACCAGAAGACCGACGACGGCAAGGUCUUCACUCAGCACCUGAAGGACCGCAACAUGGUGGUGGGCAUCAAAGUGGACAAAGGUGUGGUCCCUCUGGCCGGGACUAACGGAGAGACCACCACCCAGGGUCUAGACGGCCUCUAUGAGCGCUGCGCCCAGUACAAGAAGGACGGGGCAGACUUUGCCAAGUGGCGUUGCGUCCUGAAGAUCACGCCCACCACUCCCUCCAGACUGGCCAUCGUGGAGAACGCCAACGUGCUGGCCCGCUACGCCAGCAUCUGCCAGAUGCACGGCAUCGUCCCCAUCGUGGAGCCGGAGAUCCUGCCUGACGGCGACCACGACCUGAAGCGUUGCCAGUACGUGACAGAGAAGGUCCUGGCGGCGGUCUACAAGGCCCUGUCCGACCACCACGUUUACCUGGAGGGCACUCUGCUGAAGCCCAACAUGGUCACCGCCGGACACUCCUGCUCCCACAAAUACAGCAACCAGGAGAUCGCCAUGGCAACAGUCACUGCACUGCGCCGUACAGUGCCCCCUGCAGUCCCCGGGAUCACCUUCCUGUCUGGAGGCCAGUCUGAAGAGGAGGCCUCAAUCAACCUGAACGCCAUGAACGUCUGUCCUCUGCACAAGCCCUGGGCCCUGACCUUCUCUUAUGGCCGUGCUCUGCAGGCCUCAGCUCUCAAAGCCUGGGGCGGCAAGAAGGAGAACGGGAAAGCCUGUCAGGAGGAGUUCGUGAAGAGAGCUUUGGCCAACAGCCAGGCCUGCCAGGGCAAAUAUGUCACCUCUGCGUCCAGCACUGCUGGUGGAGAAUCACUCUUUGUGGAAAACCACGCUUAUUAA